AUGGAAAGCGAUUUCUCUGCUCACAACUAUCAUCCAUUGAAGGUUGUCUUUGAAAAGGCUGAUGGUGUUGUUGUUCAAGAUCCAGAAGGUCGUAAAUAUUAUGAUUUCCUCUCAGCUUACAGUGCCGUCAAUCAAGGACACUGUCACCCAAAGAUUAUUCAAACUCUCAUUACACAAGCCCAAAAACUCACACUCUCAUCUCGUGCAUUCUAUAACAAUGUUUUCGGUCAAUGGGCUCAAUAUGUCACUAAAUUAUUUGGUUAUGAAAAGGUUCUUCCAAUGAAUACAGGAGCUGAAGCUGUUGAAACAGCUCUUAAGGCUGCCAGAAAGUGGGGUUAUGAAGUUAAGGGUAUUCCAGAUAAUGAAGCUAUUAUUAUUGGUUGUUCUGGAAAUUUCCAUGGUAGAACUCUUGGUAUUAUCAGUUUGAGUGAUUCUGAUGAAACUAGAGAUGGUUUCGGUCCAUUCAUUCCAGGUGUUUUGACUGCCAAGUAUGAUGAUAUUGAUUCUUUGAGAGAAUUAUUGGAAAAGUUUGGAAAGAAUGUUGCUGCAUUCUUGAUUGAACCAAUUCAAGGUGAAGCUGGUGUUCGUGUUCCAGGUGAAGGAUACCUUAAGCAAGUUCAACAAUUGUGUAAGGAACACAAUGUCUUGUUGAUUUGUGAUGAAAUUCAAACUGGUUUGGGAAGAACUGGUAAAAUGUUAUGUUCUGAUUAUGCAUUUGACAGAAUGAAUGGUGACAAGCCAGAUAUUGUCAUUUUAGGUAAGGCCUUGUCAGGUGGUGUUUUCCCAGUUUCUUGUAUUCUUGCUGAUAGUAAGGUUAUGGAUGUUUUUGAACCAGGUACUCACGGUUCCACUUAUGGCGGUAAUCCACUUGGUUGUGCUGUUUCUUUGACUGCUCUCGAAGUUUUGCAAGAAGAAAAGAUGAUUGAAAAUGCUGCUAGACUUGGUGAAAUUUUCAGACAAGAAUGUAGUGAACUCAUUCAUGAAGGUGGUAUUGUUGAACAAGUUAGAGGAAAGGGUCUCUUGAAUGCCUUCGUUAUGAAUCACUCCAAGAUGCACGGAAAGAAUUCUUAUGAUUUGUGUACUGCUUUCAAGGAAAAUGGUUUGUUAGCCAAACAAACUCAUGACAAUGUCAUUCGUUUUGCUCCUCCUCUCGUUAUUACUGAAGAACAAUUGAGAGAAUGUAUUGGAAUCAUUAAGAGAGUUGUUAAAUCCUUCGAACAACCACAAAAAUAA